AUGGCUUCUUCCAAAGGUGAUGAUUCUGAAUUCUUUAGCAGAGUCCAUGGAAUUCUAAUGUAUAAAGAUUUUGUCAAAUAUUGGGAUGAUGUGGAGACAUUUCAGGCAAGAUCAGAUGACACUGUCAUUAUCACCUUUCCCAAAUCUGGUACAACCUGGCUGAGUGAAAUUGUAGAUAUGAUAUUUAAAGAUGGUGAUGUGGAAAAGUGCAAGAGAGAUGCCAUUUUUAAUCGAAUACCUUUCUUGGAAUGCAGAAAAGAAGAGAUGAUGAAUGGGGUAAGACAAUUAAAAGAGAUGGCAUCUCCUAGAAUCAUAAAAACUCAUUUGCCAGCACAGCUUCUUCCCGCCUCAUUUUGGGAAAAGAACUGUAAGAUGAUCUAUCUUUGUCGGAAUGCCAAGGAUGUGGCUGUUUCUUUUUAUUAUUUCUUUCAAAUGGUGGCUGGUCAUCCAAAUCCUGGAACUUUUCCAGAGUUUGUGGAAAAAUUCAUGGAUGGAGAAGUUCCUUAUGGUUCCUGGUACGAACACGUAAAAUCUUGGUGGGAACUGAGAAAGAAUCCACAUUUGCUAUUUCUUUUCUAUGAAGACAUGAAGGAGGAUAUCAGAAGAGAGGUGAUAAAAGUUAUACAAUUUCUGGGAAGGGAGUCAUCAAAGGAGCUUGUGGACAAGAUUGUUCAACACACUUCAUUCCAAGAGAUGAAAAAUAAUCCAUCAACCAAUUAUACAAUACUACCAGAUGAAAUCAUGAACCAAAAAAUAUCUCCCUUCAUGAGAAAGGGGAUUAUAGGAGACUGGAAGAAUCACUUUACAGAGGCCCUGAAUAAGAAAUUUGAUAUGCACUAUGAGCAGCAAAUGAAGGGGACUACACUAAAAUUAAGAACCGAGAUCUAA